CGAGCGGCGCAGCGAUGGCGGCGGGUGGUAGUGAUCCGCGGGCUAGCGAUGUGGAAGAGGACGCCUCUCAACUCAUCUUUCCCAAAGAAUUUGAAACAGCAGAGACCCUUCUAAAUUCAGAAGUUCACAUGCUCCUGGAGCAUCGGAAGCAACAGAAUGAGAGUGCAGAGGAUGAGCAGGAGCUCUCGGGGGUCUUCAUGAAAACCUUGAACUACACAGCUCGAUUCAGUCGUUUCAAAAACAGAGAGACCAUUGCCAGUGUCCGUAGUUUGUUGCUCCAGAAAAAGCUACAUAAGUUUGAGUUGGCCUGUUUGGCCAACCUUUGCCCAGAGACUGCUGAGGAAUCCAAGGCUCUUAUCCCAAGCCUGGAGGGGCGGUUUGAAGACGAGGAGCUGCAGCAGAUUCUUGAUGACAUCCAGACAAAGCGCAGUUUUCAAUAUUAGUCUGCAAACACCACUCAUCUGCCCGGAGGGACCCCCUUCCCUAGGGCUGGGUUUGCUUCGCUCAGAAGAAAGCUGGGCUUCCUCUGGAGGGACAGUGCAUCGUGUGUGGGUGCAGUGUGCUGUUGGGGUGUGACUGGGACCAUAGUCACUGAACCCUGAGUGGCCUGGCAGUGGUUGCCUGUUGCUGCUUAAGCUUGUGGCUAAGGUUGGAGGCGUGAUGUGUAGGCCAUGCUGUCGACUACCUCAUACUGUGGUUUUUAGACCCCACGUUAAUUUCUUUCCCUAACGUUUCAUGUUUUAAUAUUAAUGUGUUUGUAGUUUUUGAAACUAAAUGAAAACAUAGAAAACUUGUGUGAGGAAAAAUAGUCUUACCGAGAUAUGAAAGGAUUCAACCAGACCAACAUUGUUGUGUGGAAUUCUUUUGGGGCGGGGGUACCAGGAAUUGAACUUGGGACCUUGAGCUUAUAAGGCAGGCGCAGUGCCACUGAGCUAAAUUCCCAGCCCUUGUGUGGAAUUCUUAAAGAAAGGACAAAAAUGUUGUGAAAAUGCUUGCCGUCAUUGUGCCUAAGCCAGGAUGGGGCCAGAGAAAGGAUGCCAGCGAGAUUCUGUGCCCUUUCAUGGGGCCAUUAACCUUGGGGGAGACAGUGUCCUUUUUUCUUGGGCUGUCCUGCAGAAUGUCAUCUCAAAUUAAGAUUAGUGUUCAGGCAGCACCUGUGUCACAGCUGUUUGGGUGGCUGGGGCAAGAGGAUCACUUGAGCAUAGGAAUUCAAGAGUAGCCUGCACAACUUAGUAAAGCCACGUCUCAAGAAAUUUUGAAGGCAAGCGUGGAGGCAGAUACCUGUCAUCCAGCACUCAGGAAGCCGAGGCAGAAGGAUUGCCAAUUUGAGGCCAGUGUGGACUGUGUACUU